AUGGAGGAUCUCCCACGCGAAAUUAUGAUAGUUGCAGACGACAGGUCCAGGAGCGCACACUUGGUGGAAGGGGACAGCUUUGAUGAAGAUUUCAUCUGUUCCUUGAUUGACGAACCUGCUAAUCAGAACAUGUCCAUUCCCUCUUUCGUCAAAGAAGAGGACACGAUCAUGGCUGGUGCCAAUCGAUUCGAUCAAAGUACCAUCACUACGGCAUUGGAGAGUCUGUCGUGUGAUGAUGACUGUGAUAAAACUAUGACAGACUACUUGGAGGACAAUGAAGUCGUGCCAGACUGUGAUGCUUCCACAUCUUCCACCGAUACUGAUACUGAAAUGAGAUACAAUGUCACGGAUAGUACCUGUCCAUUGUGUUACUUUACAGUGGACGGAGGAGAAGCUGUCGUACUCAAUGCCUGUGGCCAUGCCGUUUGUGUUGCCUGCUUUCAACAGCACAUUCGAUCGAGCUACAAGAGGCGUUCCUCGGUCUGUUGUCCAAUGGCUGCUGCCAGCCAAGAACCAUGCCAAAGCAAACCCUUGACUCGAUCGCUGGUCCGACAAAUCAUGGCUACUGAAGUAGUCUUGCCGGCCUUUUUGCCCAAAAAGACAAUUCCAUCCCCGUCCAACUAUCAUUGCUGUCCCACCGUGGGAUGCACCAAUAUGAUCUAUUGGAAGGAAGGCAACGGUCCACCCAUUAGUGACUGCUUCCGAUGCGACCAAACGGGUUGCUUAACGUGCGGUGUCACGCCCUAUCACCACAACAAAUCCUGCUGCGAGUAUCAGGCGUCGAUGAUUCGGCCGGCCGCGGUGGAACCAAUGCUGGUCCUGGAAGAACGAACGGACCGAGAUACUGACCGAUAUUCCUUCUGA